UUACUGGAAAUAUAGAUGAUACACUUACAGUAUUGGCUGCCUGGAAUAACCAUAGGGGCUAGCGGAUCCAGGCAUCAUGCGUUCUGCAGGAGACUGAGAGAAUCGAUCACAGAUGCUGAUAUUAUUGCUAUUUUUUUGUUGUUCUUAGGACAACUUCCAGUAACUAUGGGGAUAUUUUCCGGGCGUAAAGAUCCAGAAUGGGUGAUUCCAGGCAAUCAUCCGAAGUUGGUGAAAAUUCAACUCCUUCUGGUUGCCGCAAAAAAGGCUAAAACCUUUCACACUAGAGAUGAAAUGCCAGCAAGGUUGGGUUACAAGGGGUUCAUCGUAGUAUACGAACAGGCAGAGCGCUUGAUUUUGGGUCCGAAAACGGUGGAUCUUCAAGAAGCUCUGUUCACCACCAUGCCACAAGGUGCGAUACCAGAUAAGAUCGUGGCGCGCACUUUGCAGACGAUCAAGGCCGGAACUGUACUCCCCCAAAAACUUCGAAGGAAACGUUAUGCACCGCUGUUUGACCCAGCUCCUUUUAUGGACGCAAACGUGAAAAGAAACAACAACUGCUACAAUUACGCAAACAUCAAAAUCACCAACACCUUUGCACAGCCUGGAAGAGGCUCAACAGGAAUCUAUGCCGCAAUAACUGCCGCUGCAGUGCGAGCUGCUUCAAUUGCCGAUGGAUUGGCGGUUGUUGCGAACGGCAACUUCCCUCAAGGAUCAAGACAUGUGGUGGCUCUUGUAGUUGAGGACGGUGUCGAUUUCCACUGGUACCGUAGAGAUAGGGAUGGUAGAUGGUCUCAUAAGCCUGGCGAGACCAGUGUCACCCGAACUGAUGACUCUUAUAAUCUGAUUAAUGAUCCGUCCGCAGCGAAUGUUGACAUGAACGGCUACCAGUUCGUCUGUUUUAUGACCACUGAUAGGAACACUGUCACUAUCAAUUAAUAAUCAUCUGUAAUUGAGUGGUUACAUCAGCAAAUACCAGCCAAUAGCUCUGUAAAUGCGGUUUGGCAAAUAAAAGAGUAUUACUUACUCACUUUCUGUGUCAACUAACAUAGUUUCUGAAACAUUAUCGCCCAUUCAGCAUUCAGGGUCAUUUCCUCACUGAACAUGGAUCGAGAAGGCCUGUCCCGUGUUUAAGUCGUCGUUAUAGAAUUGGGCGAACGAGAAAUGCAAUGCGGUGUACACCAACCACUGACGAGAGUGAUCAAAGUUUUUUCUGGAUCUCUUUUUCUAGUUUUCAUGUGAAGGCGUGGUGACCCCAUGGAUAGUGCGCUCGCCUCUGGAUCUUGGGCAAGACACUUUGCUCUCACAGUGCCUCUCUCCAGCUAGGCACAAUCGAACCUCUCCAUACGGACACCUCUCUAAUACGGACAGUUUCCUAUGAACCAACAAAAUUCUCAUACAUUUCCUCUAAAGAAACGCCUCUAAAACGGACAACGGACACUAAAUCUCGACCCUGGGGAGCAAAUUCAUACAAAUUUAACCUCUUUA